AUUUUGAGUGCGAGAAAUCUGCCUAUUGGGCAUGCCGGAGUAAAUGCUAGCGUUGUCAUCAAAAGCCCAUCCAAAGUCCUAGGCUCAGCUGCUCUGGAUGCUUGGGAAAACGACUUUACUCGCCUACAGCACGAAGGUUCUAUCAUUUCACCGCCUGACAUAGUAUCAUAUCUUAGGUAUAGUGAAUGUGAUGAAGAUACUAUGACAUUCAAGCAAGAAAAAGAGCCAUCCAACGCGGCAACAUGCGAUAAACUUCAUGACACUCAAACCAUAGUGGCUACAAAAGAUAACGAUGGAGACGACACCUUCUGUUUUCAAUGCUUCAACCAUGACUGCAACUGCCUUGUUGAGUGCUGCAUUGACUCUGCGGACACUUCCACACACACCGAUAAUGCAAGGUUUCUAGAAACUUUGUCUAAUACAUCGGAUACCGAAAAUGAAUCGAGUUUUAGUGGCGACCAGACUCCAUCACCGACUUGCCUACCAGAUCAUUCGAACGGAUUUUCAUUGUCGCAACAUAGCUCUGAAGAAAACGGUUUAACUACCUAUGACGUGCCAUCACAAAGCUUUAGCGGUCUGAGAGGUACUUCGAUAUUACAAAAUGAAUUGAGGCGAUCCAGCGAAUACAAAAACGGUAUAUCAACGCAUCAAAAAGCAGAAGAAAAUUCGAUAUUCAUUGCAAAAAGACCAGCUCCCAAAGAGUACGCUAUUAAACAUCAAAGCCUAAAUAAUUCUGCGUCUCUUGUUGUUAUGAUUGUUCCAUCCAAUGAAACCAUACUGAAUUUACUGCCUCGAUUGGCAUUAGACAAUGAUCUGAAUGACAUACAAUUCAAUAGCACCGCUGUAACAUGGAACUCACCUCGUGGCCCGGAUGAUCUCUAUUCCCCACGUUGGCAGCGUGGAAUUGGUCCCAAGAAAGAAGGGCUGUGUCCCCUGUGUGAUCCCACCAGUGAUGUCUCCAUAUCUAUACGUAACAUGUGGCUCAAAACGAAAACAAGUCGCUUUUGGUAAGUUCUAAAAGCGCAAGUUUGUGAUAACCUUUGGGAGCAACAUGAUCUCAUUACAAGACCGUUUAAACACAAGGUAUCAUAUGAACUUUUACCACGGAAUAUCCGCCUCAAAUGGAAGACCCUACUCACCGCCCGUAAGGCUGAGAGCGAUAGACAGAGAACAUACGUCAAAUACAGGAAAGCACGUCAUCGUUCAUCAGGGAUACUGUGGCCAGUGCGGACAAUGGGUGGAUCUUCAAGC